AUGACAAAAUUAAAAGUUGGAGAUAAAGCACCAGAGUUUACAUGUAAAGAUAAAGAUGGUAAAGAUGUUAGUUUAAGCCAAUUCUCAGGAAUCGUUGUAUUGUACUUUUAUCCAAAGGAUGAUAGUUCGGUCUGUACUAAACAAGCAUGUGAAUUUAGAGACAAAUAUCAAAAGUUUAUUGAGGCUGGUGCAAAUGUUAUUGGUGUUAGUCAAGAUAGCUCUGCUAGCCAUUCUCAGUUUACAUCCAAAUAUAGCUUACCAUUUACAUUAUUAACCGAUAAAGAUGGUCAAUUGGCAAAAGAAUAUGGUGUAGAAAAAACAGCUUUGUUUUUACCAGGUAGAACAACAUAUAUUAUAGAUAAGAAUCAUAAUAUUGCACAUAUUCACUCUAGUUUAUUAAAUGCAUCCUCCCACAUCGAGGAAUCUUUAAAAAUUAUUGAAAAAUUAAAAAACCAAUAA